AUAGUCUGCCCAGACCACGAUAGGAUCGGUGUACAGUGUAUCUUUACCUUUUUCUCACAGAGAUACAGCGUUUGCUCUGCAGUACCUUGUUCAUAGCACGACCCUUGCCUCCAGCUCGCAGCCACCUCCGCAAGCGAUCCGCAGACCCUCGCUCCAAGAGUUAUACAAUCCAGCCUAUAUACUCACAACAGAUCACUUAAUUCUCCUUCCUAUCAAAUUACUCACUCGCUCAACAUGGCUUCCCAAAGUGUCGUCUCCGCACGCAGUGCCUACCGCCAACUGCUCCGCGCGACCCGCAUCGCCUUCCACAACGACCUCCGGGUCCUCGUCGCAGCGCGUCAAGAAGCGCGCCGCAACUUCGACAACCACCCUCGCCAGGGCAUCGACACACCCAUGCAGAUCAACCACGCCAUCGAAGUGGCCAACAUCCUGAAGCACAACAUCGUGCAAGGCGUCCGGGAAGAAGGCGACGAGAACGCCAAGUGGGAACUCCGCAUCCACGAGGAAAUCGAGCGCGGUGAUAACGACUCCAUCAAGAUCGCCGGGAAGAAUGUCAAGGUGGACAAGGCCUGCUCGUCAUGAUCAUUACAAUGGUUGCUGUACAGACAUGAAUGUCCUUGGGGCUGGUGAGUAGUGGUGGAUGGUUUUGCAAAUAUCUUGCAUUGCGAAUUUGUAUUAUAGUAUACCCGAACUUUUUUCUCUCUCCUUUCUGGCGUCUCUUUGGGGUAUUUCAUGGUUUCGAUCGGACAU